AUGGAGCACCGAGAGCGGUCGCCGGCAAAAAACCGCUAUGUGCUCGCCGGAGUAACAGACAAAAAGCGGACCGAUGCAUUUAAAUACCUAAUUCUCGGGGAUUUCAAUUUCGAGGACGAAGGAAAAGGUUCGUUCAACAAAGGAGCUGAAAAGCACCCUGUCGAUCUAACGAGCACCUUUCCAACCGAGAGAGAGUCCAGCGCGCCGCGCUGGCACAACUUUGCGUGGUUAGACGGCGGCGCGCUUCACAGCUCCGCAGCGCUUGCGGAGGCGAGACCGACGACCGAUGCCCGGGGCGAAAUUGCCGAGGGUAUCGCAUUCAUCCGGCCCGUGGAUGCAAGUGAAAAUGAGCUU